AUGUUGAGAUUCGCCCUACUCGCCUUAUCCUUAUCUUCCUUAUCGUUGGCCAGAGAGGUCGUCUUCCCUCCGGUGGCAGCCGUCCAUCCCUCCGGUCAAAUGCCUAUGGGACAUCACGACACCGUCGAUAUCACCUCCGGAAGCCAGUUUUCGGGACUGACGACCUUCGCGCACAUUCCCUAUAUUAAUUGUUUUCUUGAUGAGGAGUCAAGCAAACAGCCAUAUGACAUUGCUAUAUUAGGAGCCCCCUUUGAUACGGCCGUCACCGGUCGUCCCGGAGCCCGGUUCGGUCCGGGGGGAAUUCGUCUUGGCUCUCGCCGACUUGGUGGCUGGAGUAUCUACACCGGCGACAACGUUUACGAGAGCUGGGCGAAACUGGUGGAUUGCGGAGAUGCGCCGCUAACGUGGCUCGAUAAUACCGCCGCACUGAAGCAGCUCGAUCUGGCGCAUAAGGUUGUGUCUUCCCGUCCUGCCAACACUACUGGAAUGGGACGCGUCCCUCGUAUCGUCACGCUGGGUGGUGAUCACACGACAACGCUUUCGGCGUUGAGAUCGACCCAUGAGAAAUGGGGGCCCGUGUCGGUGAUCCAUUUCGAUAGCCAUAUAGGUAUGUUGCAUUCUAUGGUGCUCGGAUGUGGCUGA